AUGCGAACAAAUAAAAAUGAAAGCCAAAUAAAUAAGUUUUUAUCCUUAAAUAACAAAGUUUUUAAAAAAAAAAGAGAUUAUAUUUAGAAUCGCUUAAGUUUUUUAUCAUCCAAUUCUAAAUACAUAUAAAACAGUGCCCUCUGUUUGUUAAUCUAAUACAGCAAAAAUCUAAAUAUUAUGGCUAACAUUCUUUAUUUGAAAAAAUAUCAAGUAUUAUUAAGAUCAUUUAAAUCAUAAUGGUUUUAAUCUUACUAAAACUUUCAAAAGACCUUCUAAAAAGAUCCUUUACUUUUAAGAUUAUUUGAAGCUUACAAUAUUACAAUCACUCUUAAGUUUUUUACGCAUCAAGCACAAGUUUCCUCGCUCUCUUAGUUAAGAAAAAAUAAAUGA